AUGGCGAGAUGCGCCUGCCGUCGUUCACGCUCCACAGCCUCCCCACCCUCGUGGAUCACCUGGGCGGCGACCACGCCGCGAACAUCCGCAACCCCAUCACGCACCACCCGCUGUACCACCCUUCCCCGGCCGCUUUCAUCUCCCCCACCGACGUCGUCCUCCACGACAUCCUCCACCGCUUCCGACGACAGCGGCGGCCUCACCGCCUACCACCGCGUGGGGCCGUGCCGCGAGGUCACGUUCGACCCAGCGCGCGUGCGCGCGACAAUAGUCACGUGCGGCGGGUUCUGCCCUGGCACGAACACCAUCGUCCGGGAGCUCGUCGUCGGGCUCUGGGAGCUCUACGACGUGCGCGCCAUCUUCGGCGUCCAGAACGGGUACCGCGGGUUCUACUCCGAGGAGGACGAGCCCCUGCCGCUGGAGCCCGCGACGGUGCAUCACUGGCACAAGGUCGGGGGCACCGUGCUAAGCACGUCGCGCGACGGGUUCGACCUCGCUAGGAUCGUGGACGCCAUCGACCGGCGCGGGUUCAACCAGGUGUACGCCAUCGGCGACGACAGCACGAUGCGCGGGCUGGUGAGGAUCUUUGAGGAGGUCCGGCGGCGCGGCCUCCCCGUCGCCAUCGUGGGCGUCCCGAAGACGGUGGACAACGACGUGGGCAUUAUCCACCGCUCCUUUGGGUUCCACACGACGGUGGAGGCGGCGCAGCGUGCCAUCGGCGCGGCGCAGGUGGAGGCCGAGAGCGCGGCCAACGGCGUGGGGCUCGUGAAGCUCAUGGGCCGAAGCGCGGGUCACAUCACGCUGCACGCCACGCUCAGCAGCCACGACUUCGACUGUUGCCUCAUCCCCGAGGAGGACUUCUACCUCUGCGGCGCCGGCGGGCUGUUCGAGUUCCUGUAUCGCCGCCUCAGGGAGAAAGGCCACGCCGUGGUCACCGUCACCGAGGGCGCCGGGCAGCGCCUCAUCGUGAGAUCAGCCGACCCACAGCAGCAGCACGACGAGUCCGGCAACUCGGCGCUCCUAGACGUGGGCGCGUGGCUCAAGGCCGAGCUCAGGGCGUGGUGGGCAGCGAAGCACGCGCGGGGAGCUGCUCAUGGUGAAGUACAUCGACCUGACAUACAUGGUCUGCGCCGUGGCGGCCAACGCCGAUGA